AUGGCUCAGAGCCGGACCAACACCAUCGAUUCUCAAACCUCGGCACCCUACAUAUCGAGUCUAAAUAGUAGUCAAGCAAGUUUGAACCACCAAGACCAUCAGGAUGGUGGACACGAACGCCCACCAACAUCAUCUGGCCGGACCCCCGGUUCAGCUGUUUCGCAAUCCCCAGCCAUGCUUGCCGGUCCAGCGACCCCCACAAGCUCAACAGCUGGAUUAUCAGGAUUAGUGUGUAACGUGCACCGCACCACCGGCAGAGAACCACAUCCGCUCGUUGGCGCCACCACGACUAUUCUAGGCGACAAACUCUAUGUUUUUGGGGGCAGAAGACUUUCACGAACCAGGCCGCAGCUCACGUCGGACUUGUACGAACUCGAUCUUGUCAAACGCCACUGGUGCAAGGUUGAUGCCAAAGGGGACAUCCCGCCUCCACGGUACUUCCACAGCGUCUGUGCACUUGGCGAUACGAAGCUCGUAUGUUACGGUGGCAUGUCGCCUGCAAGUCCUUCGUCAAAUCAGGCAGCGUCGGUAAUACAAGGUGCACCCGCGGAUGCCCAGCCUGAGGUGGUGGUCAUGUCCGACGUUCACAUUUACGAUGCGCCAACGCGAACGUGGAUGCACGUUGCCACAAGCGAUCCACCGCAGGGUCGUUAUGCUCAUUGCGCGACUAUACUUCCUAGCUCUGCAGUAUUCAGCUCAACCGGAGCUGCAGUAACAGCCAUACGGCACAAUCCAUCGUCGUCGAAUCCAAACCAGGGAUCUUUAGGUGUUCAAUUAGAUGGCGAGGGUGGUGCUGAGAUGUUGGUAGUGGGUGGACAGGACAGCGCCAACCAUUACAUUGAACAAAUCAGCGUGUUCAAUCUGCGGAGCCUCAAGUGGACAGAAACUAGUACCCUGGGCAGAAGUUGUGGCGCAUACAGAAGCGUGGUUGCGCCUCUGACCAGCAUCAACCCUAAUGACAUCGGCGCAGGACCACGACGAAGUGGCGACGCAAGAACAAUAGACGGACAAUCCUCUGACGGCAGUGGGGAAUCGUCGAUGCUCAUCUACUCAAAUUAUAACUUUCUGGACGUCAAGCUCGAAUUACAAGUACGGCAUCCCGAUGGAACACUUUCCGAGAAGCCAAUGCAUGGCAACUUUUCACCGCCUGGGCUUAGAUUCCCAAAUGGCGGUGUUAUCAAUAACCACUUUGUAGUAAGCGGCACUUUUUUGACAUCAUCAAAACAAGAAUACGCGCUCUGGGCUCUUGAUUUACGAACCCUAAGUUGGGGGCGCAUAGAAGCCGGCGGCAACAUCUUCAGUCAAGGUAGUUGGAACCGAGGAGUGCUAUGGAAUCGUAGGAACAGUUUUGUGAUACUGGGAAAUAGGAGGAGGAGCUUGGUCGAGGAUUACAACCACCGACGUAUCAACUUUUCCAAUAUGUGUGUGGUAGAGCUAGAGGCAUUCGGACUCUACGACAACCCUCGCAAAGUAACGCCUGCAUCAGGUUUUAGCUCCGUGAGCGCACCGCCGCAGCACGAUCGACUUGAUACGCUUGCCGGAGGUCGAACGCUAUCACCUGCAGCGGCUGAGCUCGGUCAGAUGGCUUUGGGUAUGCGAGAGCUCGCCGACAUGGACUUCCUGGCCCUGAACGGCGAACGCAUCCCCGUCAACUCCCACAUCAUUGCCCGACGCUGGGGUCCGUAUUUUAAUCAACUUCUUCGUGAAAGCGCACAAAGCGCUGAGAAGGAGACUGCCGAGGCAGCAACACUUCGACCUUCCGCCACAAUGCAUCCCUCGCGGAAUUCGAGCAUCACUAUUACACCUUCGAUUAGGACGACUUACUCAGCAGCGACGACACUUACUGCUAACACUGUGACGCCGUCCGAGGCUACAGCCAUCUCGGCAACCUCAUAUUCUUCGUUAAGCCCACCCGAACCCACGUCGCACUUGCCGUCUCAACGUCCCAGAACAUUAUUUUUACCACACACACAUCUUACACUCCAAGCACUCAUACACUUUUUAUACACUUCAUCGUUACCACCACACAACUCCCCUCUAUGCUCACCGCAGAUUCUCUGCUCACUGCUCCAGCUGGCCCGACCAUACCACAUCGACGGCCUUCUCGAGGCCAUUAUCGAACGACUACAUCUUCUACUGGACAAUAGGAAUACUGCAGCUAUUUUCAAUGCUGCGGCCAUGGCAGCUGGUGGGGGCUCGGGUAUUGCUUUUAUGGGUGUGAACGGAGUUUCAGCUACAAACGGCACAUCGAAUGGCGUCUCCAGCUCAGGCAAUGGCACUACGGCCUCCGAUAUCGAACGCAGUCUAGAUGCCGGACUACGCGCGCUUCGUGUCAACACAGACGUCGAACGCAACCACGAUGACGAAGUCAGCUCAGCAGUAUCAGACACCACAUCAGCGUCGGCUUCGGAUAACGGUUACGGAGAUGGAAGCAUGUACGAAGAAAGAGAUGUAUGGAAUGGUGAGAUUAGCUCGGUCGUUGGACUGCAGAAACGAGGACUAAGAGGCCUAAUGGAAGGCCGACGCAUCAGAGAGAUGGGCAGAAGCAGAGAUCGGAGCAGGGACGAUAGCACCGUGCGAAACGGAGAUAGUGUAGGCUUGGGUCUGCAAGGCACAUGAUGAUGGAAUGAGACAAGAAAAGAUACGAAAGACAACGGCUAUUCACUUAGCGAGAUGGAGUUGGAAGACUUUAGCGUUUAUGCUUCUAUGACGGAAAUUAUGUUACCAUUUAGGAUAUCAAGGGAUUUGAGAUGGUUGGAUCAAUCUAAUGUGCUACGGUGU